AUGUGGUUUGAUGUCUUUCUGCUGGGGUUUGACCUCGAAUGUCUUUUAGUAUGUUUAAUUGUCUUUGUAACGGUGGCAGGGUACCUCAAAAACAAGAAUCCUCCAAACUAUCCUCCAGGACCGCGGCCGAUACCAUUCAUUGGGAGUUUUUUAAGUAUGGAUUAUCAAAGCGGCGAUUUUACCAGGCUUGCCAAAAUUUAUGGAAAUGUGUUCAGUAUGCAACUCGGCUGUCACAAGGUUGUGGUUUUGUGCGGGCAGAAGAUGAUGAAAGAGGCCCUUUUGGUGCAUGGAGAGGACUUUGCGUAUCGGGGACCCACUCCAAUAUACAAAAGAGUUAUCAGCGAAAAUGCAGGUGGGUUUUUCUGCAGCAACGGCGAAAUGUCCAAAAGGCAUCGACGUUUCGUCUUAUCAACUUGGCGCAGUUGGGGCAAGAACGUAAUGGAGCAAAACAUACGUGAGGAGAUCCGAAACAUGCGAGAAGAGAUUGAGAAGGAGAAUGGUGAGCCUUUUGACACGAAAGGAAUUAUCAACAAUGCUGUGUUCAACAUCAUCUGCCAGCUGUUGACAGGAAGACGCUUUGAGUACAGCGACCACAAAUUUGUUAGUAUGGUCAAUAUUAUAAAUGAAUUAAUCAGGAUGGAGGGUUCCAUCUGGGCUGAACUUUACGACGUAUUUCCCCAAAUCAUGCAAUACCUGCCUGGUCCUCACAACAUGUUAUUCAGUCUUCGAGAGAAGAUCUAUAUUUUCAUGAGAGAGGAAGUGGAGAGGCACAAACGUGAGCUGGACCCUGACAACCCGAGAGACUACAUCGACUCUUUUCUGAUUGAAAUGAAGAACCACACUGAAAAUGACCAAGGCUUCAAUGAGAAAAAUUUAGUACUAUGUUGCGCGGAUCUCUUGGCGGCCGGGACAGAAACCACAGCCACCACCUUGCAAUGGGCUUUGGUUUAUCUUAUCAAAAACCCGGAGGUACAGGAGAAGGUGUGUGCAGAGAUAGACAACGUGAUCGGGCAAAAUCGUCUGCCCACAAUGGCUGACAGACCCAACUUGCCCUACACUGACGCAGUCAUCCAUGAGAUCCAGAGGCUAGCGAACAUUAUUCCUACUGGGAUUAGAAGUCUCGACAAAGACACAGAAAUAGGGGGCUACUUCCUACCAAAGGGUACAGCAAUUAUGCUCUGUAUGACCUCCGUUCUGUUUGACAAGACUGCGUGGGAGACGCCGUACGUGUUCAACCCUGGACACUUUCUUGAUGCUGACGGCAAGUUUGUAAAGUCAGACGCCCACAUGGUUUAUUCUGCAGGGAAGCGCGCUUGUCUGGGCGAAGGCUUGGCAAAAAUGGAGGUCUUCCUUUUUGUGGUGGCUUUGUUUCAGAAGUUCUCCUUUUCAGCCCCCGAGGGAGAGGAAUUAAAAACAGAAGGUGUCAUCGGAGUGACAAAUGCACCAUGUAACUUCAAAGUUCAUGCUAAAGCUCGCUGA